CCAGACGAACGCCACUGACAACAAACAAACAAAGGCCACUUCUACUUCCACGAUGAAAAAAUCCACUGAUACAGCAGGACUUAAGAAAAUUUGGAAGAAAAAGGACAGUGAAGUGGUCAUUGCAGUCAUUGAAUCACCUGACAAGACUGACCAGUUCAUUCUUCGCCAGAAUGAAUUCAAUUCUCUAGCACCACAGAAGUGGCUGCUGGGCGAGACAAUUGAGUGCUACCUCAGAGCCAUGCUGAAUGUGAAAGGGUUAGGGAAAAGAAUAUAUAUCCUCAACCAUUAUUCUGCUGGAGUCAUAGUUUUUGGAGAACGAUCUGCCAUGGCUAAUCACUCAUUACCCAAGCUUAACUUUGACAACUACGACGGAGUCAUAGGAUUCGUGAAUGUUUCAAACAAUCACUGGAAAUUCCUGUAUCUGAACAAGUUGAACAAAAACGUUUUUGUCAUUGAUCCCUUGGGUCAAGCUGAGGACCAAGAGUCAGGCGUUGCUGCGAAACGGUUUUGCCAGUUCUUCAGAAUGCGGCAGAACCGUUAUCAGAAGACCGAUUGGGUGGAUGUGAAGUGGAAGGGAGCCACAAUCAACCACAGCAUUCAGAAGGAUGGUAACAACUGUGGUGUUUUCGUCAUGAAGAUGGCUACAGACGUGGUGGAGGCUUUUCCUGUUGUCCCCCAGGAAAUAAAAAUAGCCACAUCACAAAAGGACUUAAAAGACCUGAGGAUCACCAUGGCAAAAACUAUUUUGCAGUGCUCUGUCUUCAGUGAAACAGACCAUUGCUCCAGUUGCGGCCAGGAGAAUCCCACUGGACAGAAGGGAAACACAAAAUGGAUUGAAUGUACUAAAUGCAGGAGGUGGUACCAUCCGACCUGCAUUGCCAUGUCAGAUGAAGAUUGGGACAAGGAAAAAGAGGAAGUGACAACGAUGUGGAACUGUGACUUUUGCUGAUUGUCAAAUCGUCAUGAUCGUCAUGAUGUAAGUUUGUAACUUUGAAUGUGUCUGUUUUGUGUUUAAAACAAACACUUUAAAUUUUAGAUAUCAUUCCUUCCAGUGUGUCACCAAUCACAACACAUCUGUCAAAAUAAAAAAUGAGAAAUGUAAAGAAAUUAUGCUCACUGUUAUUAUUCUGUCUAAGAAUCUUGUAAGGGUUUUAAAGGAAAGCAAGAAGCUGUGGAAACUUC